AUCCAGCCCUUUAAACAUGGCGCAGGCCAGGACGGCCGGGCGAUGACCGCGGGCGGCCGCGCCGGACAUGGCUCAGGCGCCCACCUUCCCCCCUCGCUCCUAGGGAAGAACAUGCCCAAGACCAGGGCGGGCGGCGCGGAGAAGGCGAGCCCCGAGAGCGCCGACAGGAAGGGCCCCGGCCGCCCCCGGGCCGGCGGGGAGAAUGUGUUUCUUGGCCAAUCCAAAAUCUACAGCUACCUGAACCCUAACAAAGGUCCCGGUGCUCGGCCCCCGCUGCAAGAGGAGAACUCGGUCAUGUAUCACGAGGGGAAAUGUCAGGGCAAAACACUCAAGGAAACCUUCAGGAGAGGAGCUGCAGGAAAAAAGAAUGGUGGCAAAACAGUGGAAGGUGCUGUGAAAGCAGAAGAGCAGAAGGAGAAGGAAGGUGGCUGCAAUCCUUCGGUGCCCUCUGACCAAAAACAAGAAAGCCCAGAAGCUCAGAAGCCCCCCCUGCCUGCAGACUGUGCUGAGGAGGCCAAGGCAAAGCCAGCUCAGAAGAAGAUGGUAAAAGCAAAACGUGGACCAAGGAAAAAAACGCAAGGAAGGCCACCAAACCGAAAAGUGACAGAUUAUUACCCAGUCAGGAGGAGUUCUAGGAAGAGCAAAUCUGAAUUGGAGACUGAGGAGAGGAGGAAAAUAGAUGAGCUGAUUACAAGUGGGAAAGAAGAAGGAAUGAAGAUCGAUUACAUCGAUGGCAAGGGCAGGGGAGUCAUUGCUACGAAACAUUUCACUCGUGGGGAGUUUGUGGUGGAAUAUCACGGGGACCUCCUGGAGAUCACGGACGCCAAGAAACGGGAGGCUGUGUACGCUCAGGAUCCAUCCACGGGCUGCUACAUGUACUACUUCCAGUACCUCAGCAAAACCUACUGGUUGUAACCUCCUACUUCAGCUUUACCAAAGGAGUUUUCCCUGCUUGGAACCAGGUUGGACUUUCCCAGCCUGCACACUCAGUGUUUUCCCAGCCUGCCAGUCACUGUCCUGAGCUGACCUCAUCUGCUGGGAGGAAAGUGGAUCAAACCUGUGCCUGCAGGAGCCAAGGGCUGGGAGCAGCCAAACAACCCUCGCUGGGUUUGGAAACACCAACAGGGAGCAUCCAGAAACUGCUGUGACAUCAGGAAUGAGGUAAUGCUGAGGCAGAUUCUCCUCCUGGAGAAACAGGACUAGGAGCUGUUUGGGGACGCUGCAGAGGUGUAAUAUCUGCACAACUUCUACCCAGAGAUCACCAUGAAAACUGCAAUCCCCAAACGCCAGCAGUGAGUGGGAGCCAGUCCUUGGGGGGUGUUUGGUACCUUGUGCUAAACUGAGCUUAUUUCCAAUAUACACAAGGCAUUUUAGACCA